UUGGCCAACAUGGCGACCAAUAGCCUUGCACGAGCUCUUGUUCCAUCACAUUUAUCUUUACUGAGACACAGCCUUUUGAGCUACAAGAAGAUCAACCUGCAUAUUUUAUCAAGAAAUAUUCAUUACCUUUCUAGGUGCAACUUUUCUAGCGCGGCAACUCAAGUUAAAGAGGUCGAUGAGGCGACUGAAAAAAGUGACUCCCGAAAAACGAAAAUUCCAGUUUUGGGUGAAUUUGAGAACAGAAAUCCUCGAAACGAGGAAUAUUUUGGAUUCAACAAACCAAGAGGGUAUUCUACACAAGUUUACAGAGUUGAUUUCUAUAACAAACUUAAAUUUUUAAUAACAAACCGGCAUACGCGAGCUCAGGUGGUGCACAACAGUGGAUUUGUCCUUGUGUCAGCAUCCACCACUGAAUUUGAAAUCACACGACAUCUUUACAAAACUACAGACGUUACUGCAGCAAGGAACAUUGGCAGAGUUAUUGCACAGAGAUGUCUAGAAGCAGGGAUAACACGUGUGCGAUGGGAAACUAAAAAAGGCGACUUGCGUAAACAAAGGACCACUGCCUUCUCAGAGGCUCUUAAGGAAGGAGGUGUCAUUCUGAGUGAACCCAAGAAAGUUAUACCACCAGAAACAUAUUAUUUAGAUUUUAGACCAAAGAAGAAGAGAAAAAAGUGGAGGAAACUGCCUUAUUCAAAGAGAUGGAAGGCUCACUUAAACAAACCAAAAUAAUUCUGUUCUUAUUUGUCCACUCUGUAAAAAAAAGACUGCAUUAAAAAAAGAUUACAUUUCAUGUGAUGGUUACUGAUGUUGACUGAUACCUAACAGAGAAAGAAUACAAAGGCUCAAUAAUUCACAACAGAGUUAACCCUUUCAAUUCCACAUUUAGUAAUUCUUCUUACUGUCUGCCAUACAGUUCUUAUGAUGUUAGUUUGGAGAAUUUUGGAGGGGAUCAACCUAAAAUCCCCUAAUUAAAAUUUUUUCUUUAUUCUCAUCACCUGUCUGCUUGGUAUUGUAUUGAGAUUGUAAGGAGAAAUUCUGUUUUGGUCGCUCGUGGCAGUUUCAACUAGCUUGAUGCAAGUUCUUGAGGGAAAAGCCCAACUACUCUGAAAUGAGGGAGGUGCAAGAAGCAAGAGGAAAACAAUCACAUUUUUGCCUGUAUAUUACUAACUAGUAAUCAUGAUAUUUUAUGUGUUUGCAAUUAGGGUGAAAUCUGUUGUAAAUUUUUCAAAAACUACAAACUGCAUUUGCCCAACAGGGUUGUGCAAUGUGGUUAGCCUUUGAAAAAUUCACUCAGGCUUAUUUAUCAAAGAAUGCAUUCAUUAUCAUGUGACUACCUACAGGUAUACUUUAAGAUACCUACCACAAACAUCAACCAAACAUAUUAGUCUUAAAUGAUGACAAUGUUCUCUUUAUUUUCAACAACAGUUACAUGUAAGUCAAAAAGGAGACAAAAGCUUUCUACCACGUGUUUAAAAAGGAUCUGUGGAUUCAUCAAGACAAAGGCUGGUUUCUAAUUAAGAUGUCUCUCUGAUACUAUUUGUACACACCAAAAGGAAGAGCCUAAGGGAACAUAGUCGUCUUGACAUUUUAGGCUAUUUUUAAUGGCAAUAUAAAUUAUAAUUUUUCCAAAGUUCAUCCAAAACUAUGCAAGUCUGCAUAAAAACUAAUAUGAUAGUUAUUUUAAUGAAGUCUAAGUAGAGAGGCAGUUUUAGACGAUCAAUGAACCACAAGACUUCUCUAUAACAGUAAUGUCAAUAAGUGUUUUCCUCCAGUAACACCAUAAAAAACUGAUGGUUAGAUUCAACAUUGGGCUAAAUGGAAGAUGGUGUAGAAUACAGUUCCAGUAGCGAAUGGCUUAUCCUGGUUGAAAUAACCAGAACAUGGUUACAAUUCAAACCCCUUGGCUUUGGGUCACAAACAAUCAUCCAUGGAAGACUAUGGAAUAACCAGUAAGGGGAAUUGUAGUCCUCAUCAUAACAACUGAGCAAUUAUCAGUUUAGUACAUUGCACUACAGCAGACAAUGUUUGAAAUAACAGCCCUUGACUCCAAAA